AUGCAGCUCUCGCGCUCGCUGCAGAGUGCGGUGGAGGGGCUGGCGGAGCGCGUGGACGCACAGGCACAGCUCAAAGGGGGCGAGGCCACCCCGCAGGAGGAGAAGAUACUGGCGGUGCUCAAGGCGCUCGUGGCGCAUCUGAGGGCCAAGGAGAAGGCUGGGCUCUCCGACGCCCUGCUGCAGGGGCAGUGCUGCCAAGCUCACGACACUUGUCCGCCAUUGCCUCAUCCUCCCUCUGCCUCAUCCUCCCUCUGCCUCAUCCUCCCACUGCCUCAUCCUCCCUCUUCCUUGCUUUGCCCGUUACCUCUCGCAUCCCCAUUUCGUCUCCACCCCCCCCCCCACCGUGCCCCACUGCCUGCCGUGCGCGCGUGUGUGGGGAAUGGUCGGCAGAGGCGCAUGGAGGGGGUGGUGGGGGCGCUGGUGGACGAGGUGCGCAACAAGACGGCCUUCCUCAGCCUGCUGCGAGCCGUGCGCGCGCAGACCGCCAUCGUCGCCAAGCUCGGCACGCGCAUCGCCAGCCUCGAGACGCGCGUGCUGCCGCCCUCCACGCUGCCCGCCGCCGCCCUCGCCACCGGCGACGCCACCGCCCUUGCCGCCUCCGCCGCUGGCGCCGGUGGUGCGGGUGGAGUUGGGGGGGCGGAGGCGUCGGUGGUGGUGGCGGCUGUGACGGAGACGCAGACGGGCAUGGCGGUGGUGGUGCGCGAGGUGCAGCGGCAGAGCGAGGCGGUGGCGGAGCUGCAGGCCAUGCUGGAGGCGAGCAGGGGCGCGGACAUGCUGCAGCUGGCGCACAAGACGCACGAGGCGCUGCACGACCUGGUGCUGGCCGUGCGGCAGCAGGGCAAGCUGCUCGUCUCCCUCGACGCCCGCCUCGCUCACAUCCAAGGCCACGUGGGGGGCGGUGGCGGGGGGGGCCAGGCGGAUGGUGACGUGGUGCGGCUGGAGAGGGCGGUGGCGGCGGAGGCGGAGGCGGAGGGCGGGGGGGACGUGCUGAAGGCGGCUGAGGAGGUGAUCGGCCGCAUGGAGGGCCGUCAGACGCAGGGCGGUCAGACGCAGGGCGGGGAGCAACCGCAGGAGGGGCAGGGCGAACAAGGGGGGGAAGGGGGGCAGCAGGAGGGACAGGGGGAGCAAGAGGAGCAGCAAGAGCAGGGGCAGCAUGAAGGGGGGCAAGCGAGGAAUGAAGAUCUGGCAGGUGAGGCGCUGUUGCUGGCAGGUGAGGCGCUGUUGCUGGCAGGUGAGGCGCUGUUGCUGGCAGGUGAGGCGCUGUUGCUGGCAGGUGAGGCGCUGUUGGUGACGGUGGUGGCCACACACACGAUUCGGGGGGUGUGCCCAAGUGAAGUUGUGCGUGUCGUGCUCAACAAGCACACAUCAAUCUGCUCCCAUGCAUCGGAGUCACUCAUGCACUCUUGCCACAAGCUAUGA